AUGAGGUCGCUUCCGGGGAUCGGAGCGCUGGCCUACCUGCAGGAUGGCGUAACCUUUUUCCCUAAAUGGUGGGAAGACCUGGAGAAUAACCCCACGCUGCAGGCCUACACCAACUAUGGCCUCGCGCUCGCAUACGGAUCGAUUGCGCUCAUCGCCCUGGUCCAGCUGAUCCGCAUCCAGCUGCGCGUCCCCGAGUACGGCUGGACCACCCAGAAGGUGUUCCACCUGCUCAACGCGCUCGUCAGCUCGCUGCGCUGCGCCAGCUUCCUGUUCCGCGCCCAGAUGGACGCGCUGCACCCGGACGUGCUGCGGCUGGUGCUGUACGACCUGCCGGGCCUGCUGUUCUUCACCACUUACACGCUGCUUGUCCUCUUUUGGGCGGAGAUCUACCACCAGGCGCGCAGCAUGCCCACGGGGUCGCUGCGUCCCAUAUUCGUCGCCUUCAACGGCGUUGUGUACGGCGUCCAGGGCGCCCUGUGGGCGUACGAGAGCAUGGCGGUCAGCGCGUCGCAGGACCGGGUUUCGCGCGUGCUGAGCGCCGCCUUCCUGGCGGCGGUGUCGCUGGCGGCGGCGGUGGGCUUCCUGCUGUAUGGCGGCCGCCUGUUCCUGAUGCUGCAGCGGUUCCCCAUUGAGAGCCGGGGCCGCAAGAAGAAGCUGCGGGAGGUCGGCAUGGUCACCACCAUCUGCGCCGCGUGCUUCACGCUCAGGGCGGUGCUGGUGGCGCUCAGCGCCAUCGACGACCGCGACCUUGACCUCGACGUGGCGACCCACCCGCUGCUCAACCUCCUGUACUACGGCCUGGCGGAGAUCAUCCCCUCCGCCUGGGUCCUGUACAUCCUGCGGAAGUUGCCGCCCAAGCGCACAGCGCAGGGGUACCAGACGAUACCGUCGAACGCGUGA